AAAUCCCGUCGUCAAAUCUAUCUUAAAAAAUACUAUAUUUCCUGUCUUACUGGAAUAUACUAGUUAUAAUUAGCAUUGAUGAGGGUGAUCCACGAACAGUGCGCGGCUUGUUCGAUAGAGUUUUUACCUUUUAAGAUUAUCUAUGAAGAUAUAUUAUUUAGAUUAUUUGGCGGCAUGAUCAUUAGAUUUCUAUCCAAAUAUAAGCUUCGAAUCUAGAAGGCAGCCUGAGCGUGGUCUCCCUGAAAAACGAAAAGAAAAAUUAGAGGCAUCGAGCGAAAGGUCAGAGUCAAUCAAGGAAUUGAAUGUAUCAAUGGGCAGCUUCGCCUCCGAGUGAGGACUGGCGAUGGCGGUCCAAGUCCCGUCCUCGCGCAUUUUCUCUUUUUCUGACACGACGGAGAUAUAAGAUCUGCUGCGAACUGCCCCUAUUGACUAUUCUGAAUCAGGAUUCCCGAUACUCUAGUUUCAAUCAGCACAGUGCAAUCCAUCCGCGUGAACUGCUUCCAGCCGGCCUCAUUUGACCUUUCGUUCUUACGCAACUAAACGACGCACAAAAGCUGAAAGGUGGCCGCAACUCAUCGUCGCUUUGCUCUCUGACAUCAUUCAUGCUUCUCUCUGGGGAUGGGGAACAACUGCCGGGGGUCAAAGAAGGAGGGGGAUCAAAGAAGAAGGAGCUCAGUCAAUUAAAGAAGAGAAGGAAGAAGAGUAAACGGAGUUCAUACAUGCCGAAACUUAGUUGUCUCAGAAUCAAACAUGACACAACGGGGGAAAGUUUUGACAUGGAGGUUGUUGAUGCUUCUGGACAGCGCCCCCAUCCCGCUCACUUGGUCAUAAUGGUCAAUGGUCUUAUGGGCAGUGCUCAGGAUUGGAAAUUUGCUGCGAAGGAGUUUCUCAAGAGACAUCCAUAUGAUAUUAUUGUACACUGCAGUGAAUGUAAUUCUUCUAUCCUGACAUUUGAUGGUGUUGAUGUCAUGGGAGAGAGACUAGCCGAGGAGGUUAUAUCAGUUAUAAAGCGGCACCCAUAUGUUCAGAAAAUUUCAUUUAUAGGUCAUUCUUUAGGUGGCCUGGUUGCAAGGUAUGCAGUAGCCAAUCUUUAUGAGAGAGACAUUUCAAAGGAAAUUGCUCGGGAGAAUGGAAACUCAGGAAAUCACAAUUCGGAUCCAGAAUGUAAUGAAAUGAAACCUGAAAGAAAAAUUGCAGGACUAGAGCCCAUAAAUUUCAUAACCUCUGCAACCCCACACCUCGGAUCUAGAGGGCAUAGACAGGUUCCGGUGUUCUGUGGAUUUCACACUCUGGAGAAAGCAGCAACUCGUGUUUCAUGGUUUCUUGGUAAGACAGGAAAACAUCUUUUUUUGGCUGAUAAAGACAAUGGAAAGCCUCCACUUCUUGUUCAGAUGGUUCAUGAUAACGAAGAUUUGAAAUUCUUAUCUGCUUUGCAGUCCUUCAAACGACGUGUUGCCUAUGCAAAUGUUCGUCAUGAUCAACUUGUGGGGUGGAGUACAUCAUCUAUAAGGCGUAGGAAAGAACUCCCCAAGCCCAAGAAUCUUCCACGGCACGAGAAGUAUCCACAUAUUGUAAAUGCGGAGAUAGCAAAUCCCACUAACGUUCCUGAUGAGGCUGAAACCAAAGUCAAUGAGCCCGGUAAAAUUGACCUCGAAGAGGAAAUGAUAAGAGGCUUAACAAAAAUGAGCUGGGAUCGCAUUGAUGUGAGUUUCAGUGGCAGCAGACAGAAAUAUCUAGCGCAUAAUGCUAUUCAGGUCAAAUUCAACCGCAUCAAUUCUGCCGGAGCAGACGUUAUCCAGCAUAUGAUUGACAAUUUUGAAUUAUAGUUUCCCUGACAUUUUAUUCUGCUUGACCCCUUUCUUAUACGAGGAACUAGGGAAGUUUAGGAAGAGGAAAUUGUACGUACAGGCACAAUAAUAGGGUUAAUGAUAGAAGGAGGAAUGUGAAGCAUUUAAUUUUAUCUUCUUACCGGUAAUUUUCUUUUUAUUCUCUUUCCCUGUUUUUUGCCCCCCAAACCAUUAGUUGUCUUCAGCAUAUAAUGAAUGCUGACAUUAAGAUUGACUAAGUAGCGCAGAGUAUGUUAGGAAGGCUUGAGGGGGGACACAGUAGGUUUUGUCCUCCUAUUUGUUGUGCAAUGUUAAAUUUAUUUCAAUCGGGAAUUUUGGUAUGCAGUAUAGUAUAAUAUAAUGCAUCUUGAUUAGUCAACAAAA